AUCGGGGGGCGGGGCGGUGGGGGUCUCACGGCGGAGAGGCAGGCAGCAGCGUCGCAGCGUUACAACCAGACAAGAGAGCGGCUCUCGGGCUUUGUUUUGUGGAUGCGAAUGAGCUCCAUCACCUGCUUCGGAAAUGUGGACGGAUAUACGGACAUUGCUACUUUUUCAUUCGUUGCUCCUGAGGGUUCAUUUCUCGGAAGCAACGGAUGAGUGUGAGGAUGGACAGUUUCAGUGCAACAACAAAAGGUGUAUACCUACCAUCUGGAGGUGCGAUGAUGAUGACGACUGCUCAGACAACAGCGAUGAAGAAAACUGUCCCAGGAAGACAUGUGCCCCCGCAGAAUUCGCCUGCUUAAAUGGCCAGUGUGUCCCGGGACGCUGGCGAUGCGACGGGGAACCAGAGUGCCCCGAUGGCUCUGAUGAGGCAGAGGAGACCUGCAGCAAACAGACAUGCCCUCCAGAGAAAUUUGACUGUGGGGGAACCAACAAGUGCGUCUCGUUGUCAUGGAGAUGUGAUGGGGAGAAGGAUUGCGAGAACGGGGCGGACGAGGAGGACUGCGCGUCUGAUGCCAAAGCCUGCCCCAGCGGUGAGUUCAUGUGCGGUAACCGUAAGUGCUUGGCCACGGUCUACGUGUGCGACGGGGACGAUGACUGCGGGGACGGCAGUGACGAGCUGAAGUGCUCCUCCCCUCUGACCUGCGGGCCCAACCACUUCCGCUGCAACUCCUCCGAGUGUGUGCCGCUCAUGUGGAGCUGCGACGGGGACCCCGACUGUGCAGACAGUUCAGACGAGGGGCCGGAGCGGUGCGGUGGAGACGGGGUCCCGUACCUGACCAAUCGCCGGACUAACUGCACCACGGAGGAGUUCCGCUGCGCCAACGGGGAGUGUGUGCGGCUCGCAUGGAAGUGUGACGGAGACCCAGACUGCAAGGACAAGUCGGAUGAGUUUGAAUGCCCUCUGCUGACGUGUCGCCCCGAUGAGUUCCAGUGUGGUGAUGGCUCCUGCAUCCACGGCACCAAGCAGUGUAACAAGGUCCUGGACUGUCCUGACCACAGCGACGAGUCGGGCUGCGUCAACGCCACCAAAUGUGAGGGCCCCCUGAAGUACCUGUGUAAGAACGGCGAGUGUAUCGACAGCUCCAAGGUGUGCGACUCUGUCAAAGACUGCAAGGACCGAUCAGACGAGCCCAAGAAGGAGUGCGGGCUGAAUGAGUGUAUGAUCAACAACGGUGGCUGCUCCCAUGUCUGCAUGGAUCGACCAAUCGGCUUCGAGUGCCAGUGCCCCACAGGCUACCAGCUACUGGACAAAAAGACUUGUGGUGACAUCGACGAGUGUGAGAACCCAGACGCCUGUAGCCAGAUCUGCAUCAACUACAAGGGGGAUUUUAAAUGUGAAUGCCAUGAAGGCUAUGAGAUGGACCCUGUUACCAAGACAUGCAAGGCAGAAGGGAAGAGCCCUUACCUGUUGUUCACCAACCGGCAUGAGAUCCGACGCAUCGACCCGGUGAAGCGCGACUACAGCCAGGUGGUGUCCACCCAGAAGAACGCUGUGGCUCUGGACAUGGACGUGGCCAACAACCGGGUGUUCUGGUGCGAUCGCUUCCAUCGCAAAAUCUACAGUGCUUUCAUCCAUGAGGCCAGCGACCCCUCGCAGCAGGUCCCCCUGCUGGACUCCCUCCUGAAGACCCCCGUGGGGCUGGCUCUGGACUGGCUCCAACACAACCUGUACUGGGCCGACUCCGGAGACAAGUCCAUCUCCGUGGCCUCGGUGGACGCCACCAAGAGACGAGUCCUCAUCAACACGGACCUGAGCGAGCCAAGGGCCAUCGCACUGGACCCUCACCAGGGCUUCAUGUACUGGUCGGACUGGGGCACGCGGGCCAAGAUCGAGAAGGCCGGCAUGAAUGGAGUGGACCGACAGGUGCUGGUGUCUGAUAACAUCGAGUGGCCCAACGGCAUCACGCUAGAUGUAGCCAACAAGCGUCUGUACUGGGUGGAUUCCAAGCUGCACCUCAUAGCCAGCGUGGAUCUGAACGGCGCUCACCGCAGGACGCACAUGUCGUCCGCCGAGACGCUGGGACACCCCUACGCUCUGGCUGUGUUUGAGGAUCGUAUCUACUGGACGGACAGAGAUAGGGCGGCCGUCUUUAUGGCCAACAGGCUGACGGGUCAAGACGUCCACACGCUAGCCGAAAACCUCAACGACCCCAGUGACAUCGUGGUCUUCCACCAGCUCCGCCAGCCACCAGGCCCAGACAGCUGUAAUCUAGGCAGCGUGGCCAAUGGAGGCUGCGAGUACUUGUGUCUUAAGGCUCCGCAGAUCACCGAACACUCGCCCAAAUACACCUGCGCCUGCCCCGACAGGCAGGACCUGGGGCCCGAGAUGAGAGGCUGUGUUCCAGCAGCACCAAGAAACGACACACCAGCAUCCUCACCUCCCACUGGAUUCACACCUGGCACCAGAGCGACUGAUGUGGACGACUUCCCCCCUCCCUCAGGAGGAGUGUCGCAGGCCGACGCCACCCCCCACCUGACCACAGCUCCCUCUGGGGGCCCUGAGCCCUUCACACCCCUCUCCACUCUCAAGCCUUUAUCGUCACAGGCGUCAAAGGCACUGGGCUCCCACUCCACCGCCACCGCGAUGGUGAUGACCACCACCCCGGGGGGGGACAGCAGCGUCUCGCAACACUCCGGGAGAGAGCAUUUCCUCAUGGGCGAGAACCUGACAGUGGCUGUUCUGGGACUGGUCAUCCCCAUCGUUCCUAUCGUUGCCACAGUGGUGUUCGGCCUGGUGUGUGCCGGGGUCUACAUGGUGUGGCGCAACUGGCGGAGCAACUCCACCAAGAGCAUGAACUUCGACAACCCCGUCUACCGCAAGACCACCGGCGAGGGCGAGGAGGACGAGAUCCACAUCGGGCGGUCGGACGGCAUGGGACACCACGUGCACCACCACCCGUACCCGCCAGGAGUCAACAUGGGCGUGGUGGGAGCAGGGGGCGGCACCUGCCCGCAGUUCAUCGCCCUGCCACUGGGGGGCAGCAUGCCCGACCCGGGGACUCACUGGUACACGGAGCAGCCCAUGCUCUCCACGGCGAAGUGACCCCCGGGGGAGGACUCAGGGGGAGACGGCCGCUCAGGCACACGCACACACAGCGAGUCAGGGGGACACGGACUGAGUUUGUAGAAGGUACGAACAUCAAGUGUUACGUCCAGACAAGUCCUGACUCCUAUGCCAAAUUCCAU